AUAUAUAUAUGCUUUGCCUUUCUUUUCCUUCUCUUUCAAUCUUGAUACCCACACAUCCAAACCAAUAACAGUAAACAUCCUCUUCUUCAUUUUCUUGUAUAUUUAGAUCAUCAAAUAUGAACACUACUACAUUAUAUGAUCCAUUAUUCCAUCUACGCCUCUAAUAUUCCACCCUUGGAGAUAUAUUUUCAUUAUUUACAAAAAUGCCGAUAUUGCUUCACGGGACGCUUAUUGCCACCAUUCACAGCGUUGAUAAGCUUCAAAAUGGGUGUGCAGGCUUCUGCGGAGGUGUGUCACCUAAAAGAAUUCUGGCUGGAGUCAAGAAAGCUAUACUUUGCCGACCUGAGAUUGUUGGAACAAAACUCUAUGCAACAGUUGAUUUAGAUAAGGCCAGGGUGGCGCGUACCAGCAUGGUACAAAAAAAUACCAACCAUCCGAUUUGGAACGAGUCAUUUUACAUUUACUGUGCCCAUUGGACUUCAGAGUUGAUAUUCACAGUAAAAAAUGGUGAGCUUGUUGGUGCAACAUUGAUUGGAAGAGCAUAUUUACCUUCUGAAAGUAUGUUCACUAGGCAUAUGGUGAAUGAAGAGCUUCCAAUCUUAGAUGAAGAACGAAAACCAACAGGUUCGAAUAUUCGUGUCACAUUGCAAUUUAUUCGAGCCAAUGAUGAACCAAAUUGGUCAUUAGGAAUUAGAAACCCCCAAUUUCAGGGAGUUCCUAGAACAUUCUUUAAUCAAAGACAAGGUUGCAAAGUAACUCUUUACCAAGAUGCCCAUGUUCCGAGUUAUUUCGAUUCAGAUGUGGCUGCAUCUUUGGGAAAGUUAUAUCAGCCUCAAAGAUGUUGGGAAGACAUAUUUGAUGCAAUCACUAAUGCCAAACACUUGAUUUACAUAACUGGAUGGUCUGUCUAUACUCAAAUAACCUUGAUAAGAGACCCAAGUAGGCCAAGACCAGGAGGAGGAGAUAGUAUUACACUUGGGGAGCUUCUUAAGAGGAAAGCUGAUCAAGGUGUCUCUGUUCUUGUGCUUAUCUGGGACGACAGGACAUCUCUUAUGGAGUUUAAAAAGGAUGGUUUAAUGGCAACACAUGAUGAAGAAACUGAGGAAUACUUUCGCAACACAAAUGUACAUUGUUUCUUGUGCCCCCGAAAUCCUGAUAAUGAAAGAACCAUAAUUCAGGGAUUUGAGACCUCUACCAUGUUUACUCACCAUCAAAAAACUGUUGUCGUUGACAGUGAGUUACUUGAUCAAAUAGGGUCUCAGUCUCAACAAAAGAGGAGGAUUGUGAGUUUUGUUGGUGGUAUUGAUCUUUGCGAUGGAAGAUACGAUACCUUAGAUCACCCUUUGUUCAGUUCAUUAGCCACAACCCACCAUAAUGACUUUCACCAACCAAACUUUCCCGGUGCUUCCAUCAAUAAAGGCGGUCCGAGGGAGCCUUGGCACGACAUCCAUUGCAAACUAGAAGGGCCUAUUGCUUGGGACGUGUUGUACAAUUUUGAGCAGAGGUGGAGAAAACAAGUUGGUAAUAAGUUCAUAAUUCCUAUGAAUAGGUUGGACACUAUUCUUGUUCCCCCAACAUAUGGUAUUACUUCAUCAAAUGAUCAUGACACUGAAACAUGGAGUGUUCAACUAUUCCGAUCCAUUGAUGGUGGGGCUGUCUCUGGUUUUCCUGAGAAUUCUAGUGAAGCAUCAAAAAUGGGGCUCGUAUCUGGAAAAAACAAUGUUAUUGAACGCAGCAUUCAGGAUGCUUACAUCAAUGCUAUUAGACGAGCUAAAAAUUUCAUUUACAUUGAAAAUCAGUAUUUCCUAGGAAGUUCAUUUGGAUGGAAAGCUAAUUCAGAUAUUAGAGUUGAUGAUAUUAAUGCUUUGCAUCUUAUACCUAAGGAGCUGUCAUUGAAAAUUGUUAGUAAAAUUGAAGCAGGGGAGAGGUUUGUUGUAUACGUUGUUAUUCCAAUGUGGCCAGAAGGAAUUCCUGAAAGUGGUUCUGUUCAGGCUAUAUUAGAUUGGCAAAGACGUACAAUGGAAAUGAUGUAUUCUGAUAUCAUCCAAGCUCUUCAAAGGAAAGGUAUACAAGCUGAUCCCACAGAGUAUUUGAGCUUUUUUUGCCUUGGGAAUCGAGAGCAAACUGGUUUGGCAGAGUAUAUACCCCCAGAGAGACCAGAACCUGACACUAAUUACAGUAGAGCCCAACACUCUAGGCGUUUCAUGAUUUACGUUCAUUCAAAGAUGAUGAUUGUUGAUGACGAAUAUAUAAUCAUUGGAUCAGCCAACAUCAAUCAAAGAUCCAUGGACGGCGGUAGGGACUCAGAGAUAGCUAUGGGGGCAUUCCAGCCUCACCAUCUACUCGGCCACGAACCACCCAGAGGCCAAAUAUUUGGGUUUCGAAUGGCACUGUGGAUGGAACACCUUGGUUUCUUGGAGAAAGCUUUUGAAAAUCCUGAAACCCAAGACUGUGUCCAAAAGGUUAAUGCUUAUGCUCAAAAGUAUUGGGAAGCUUAUUCAACUAGUACAUUCACCUAUGAGGUAUUGCCAGGUCAUCUUCUUCGAUACCCCAUUGAAAUAAGCAGUGAUGGAACUAUUGGUGAGUUACCAGGGUUUAAGUUCUUCCCUGAUACUAAGGCCCCAGUGUUGGGCCACAAAUCUGAUUACCUUCCUCCAAUUCUAACCACCUAAUUAAGUAGGCCACAUCUCUACUCAAAUUGUUCAAAUAAUGCAAUCAUGCAAUUACAAUUAAUUUAGAUAAAUUAUCUUACAUGUACAGUAUAUAUAAUCAUAUUUGAAAAAAAAAAUAAUAAUAAUUUGAUGUCUACGCAAAUUAGUUAAACAGCCAAUCAAUUAAAAUAAGCCACAUGAUGAAAUUGGUCAUAUCAAAUAUUUACAUAGUGGUAAGGUUUUUCUUUUAGAGCCCCAAUGAUCUAUUGGAAAGGGAAUUAAUUUUAUUAUUCAAAAUGAUAAAAAGAGUGUUCAAAUAAUUUCUCUAAAGUAAACAAAAAGAUUUUGGGGGUAGUAAUUUAUUGUUGUAGUUUAUCAAAGA